UAAUUAUCUUGCAGUUGGAGAUAGGCCCGGCAGCGAUGAACCACACUGAGCAUACUGUGAGCACACUGGGGAUUGUAGUGGUGGGCGAGCCUGGCAGGCCUGUGGAGGAUCUGGAGGGAGAGCUGGAAAAAAAGAUUAGGCUGCUGGAGAAGGAGAGAAAGAACCUCCGGAAAGAGACCCAGAGCCACCACCAGCACAUAGACCAGGGAAUCAACACCCUGCAAGAGCGUAUUGCAGAGCUGGAACAGAGUCUUACAGAUUACAGUUACCCACAAGGGUAUAAACUUUCCUUCCCUGUGCGGACUAACUACAUGUAUGGGCUUGUCCGGCGGAAUAUUCCAGAGAUGUACGCCUUCACGGCGUGUCUGUGGCUCAAGCCUGCUGAGAGUGGAAUUGGGACGCCAUUUUCCUAUGCUGUACCGGAACAACCCAAUGAACUUGUCCUGUUGCAGGGCAUUCAUAAUCCAGCAGAACUACUCAUCAAUGAUAAGGUGGCACAGCUGCCUCUAUCUUUGCCCCAGGACAUCUGGCAGCACAUAUGUGUGAGUUGGACCCUACGGGAUGGAGUUUGGAAAGCAUAUCAAGGUGGAAAGUUGAGAGGACGGGGUGAAGGUUUGUCCGCUUGGCACCCAAUCAAAUCCGGGGGCGUCUUGGUGUUGGGACAGGAACAGGAUACCCUUGGUGGGCGGUUUGAUGCAUCCCAGGCUCUUGUUGGGGAGCUUUCGUUAUUUAACCUGUGGGACCGGGUGUUAUCGCCAACAGAGGUUGCUGCUUUGGCGGCAUGUGCAGAGUCGCCCCACUUGGGGAACAUAGUGCCCUGGACGGACCGAGAUGUGGACAUGUUUGGAGGGGCUGUCAAGGACCCUGUGGACCCCUGCCUUCAGAGCUCCCAUCCCCGGCAGUGAGCAGGGCCAUGGAUUGAUACCUUUCUUUUUUUAAGGCGAGGGUAAAUGAGACAAAAAUGGCCUGAGAGGUAUGACAACUGUGCUGUGGUCCCGGUCUGUGUAUAGAAUAUAUUUACCGUAGAGCUACACUCUUACUGAGUGUUUGUUUCUGCAGGGAAGGGAUUUGUCUGUGUGUGUGGUUGUGUCACUUCGGAUAGAGCUGCUGCCGAAGGCUUUUAAAGGCCUGUUUGCGUCUCGUGUUGCUUGUGUUAUUUCAUGCCCUUCUUCUCAAAGCAUUACCGCACAAUGGUCCCUUCAGAUAUAGAGAAUGUUUUUGUAAUACGAUGGAUGUGGCUCAUUCUCACAGCACUUGUCUUGCUCUUGUUUCAUUAUUUGUGUAAAGUGGAGCUUUCGCUUUUUUCCCAGAGCAGCUUUUUCAUUUCUUGUUUUUAUUACUGAUCCCUUAGGGUCACUUCACUUGUUAUUUCAGUCCGGCAGCACUUAAAGGUGUAUAACGUCUUAUCUUUAUUAUAACAUGUUUAAAAUGUUUGUCUUUUGGCAUCUGGUCAAAUGGGUCUUUACCCUGCUGUGUAGCUUUUCUCAUAGAUUCAGCAAGAUCCAAAAAAUUUUUUAAACCAAAAUGUGUUAUUUCAAGCUUAGUAUCUUAAACAUCAGACUAAAAUUUGAAGAUCUGAUGUGCAGCCCACACACUAUGAAAAUAUGAAUGUAAAAUUGUUUAGCAUCUUGUCGUGUUACCAUUGCACUGCAUCUAGCCCUACUUGCCCUUUCACAGAGAAAAGCUUAUGGAGAAGUGCUUGUCUGUUUAUUUGACUCUUGCUAUUGGUUGAUGAUCAGCUGUGAUGUCAGUAUAGUGCUUCUUCAUAUUUGCACCACCAAGGAUCUACAAUGAUAUUGUGACAAAUGUGGAUGAAAAUAUUAAAACU